AUGUGGUCGGUGAUGGGUAGUAUGGUGAGACGUACGGCGAUGUCCACCGCGAGUAAAGCUUCUCCGGUAAGGACAUUGCUCGGUGGUUGCAGGUGUCUCACCGUCGAAUCGCCUGCAGAAUCGGCGAAAGAUGAUGAGAAAAAAAAGGAUAUUACUAUGGCGGAAGCGAAGAAGCUGAUGAGAUUAGUGAAUGUUGAUGAGAUGAAGAAGAAGCUUAUUGGUAUGGCUGAUAAAGAAGUUGUCUCUUACACUACACUCGUUGAUGCGUCUCAAGGUUUAGGAAUCGCUAGAUCUCUCGAUGAAGCUCACGCUUUUGCUCGUGUUCUUGAAGACGCUGGUGUUAUUUUGAUUUUCCGGGAUAAAGUCUAUCUUCAUCCAGAUAAGGUGGUGGAUCUGAUUAGAAAAGCAGUGCCUUUAGGUCUUAGUCUUGAGGAUGAUCCAAUUAGAGACGAAUUCGAUAAGCUUAGGAGUUUAAAGGAAGAGAUCGAUGUGCAAGCUCAUAAGCAAGUGAGGAAGAUUCUAUGGUGUGGUCUUGGUUACUCAGUGGUUCAAAUCGGGCUGUUUUUUAGAUUAACUUUCUGGGAGUUCUCAUGGGAUGUUAUGGAACCCAUUACGUUUUUCACUACAGCUACUGGGAUUAUUGUGGGUUAUGGUUAUUUCUUGCUGACUUCGAGAGACCCAACGUAUCAAGAUUUCAUGAAGAGAUUGUUUCUUUCGAGGCAGAGGAAAUUGCUCAAGAGUCGUAAGUUUGAUGUUGAGAGGUUUAAAGAACUUGAGAAGAAGUGGAAGAUAACAUCAUGCUCUUCUUCUUCAUCGCAUUCUUCGUGCCACGCAAACGCAUCGAUUAGGAAUCGUGUUGGGGUUGAUCUUGAUCUGGAGGAUUCUUUGCAGAGUCGCAGAGAUUGA